AACGGUAAAACAAAACGCCAACGAAAACCAACAAACAAAAAACAAAAUCUAAGGAAGAGCGAAGGAGGAGGAGGAGAAGGAGGAGGGAAAAGGCAGGCGAGGAUGCAAGCCUAAGCCUGAUCCGCACAAGAAGAAGCAGGAGUGUUCAAGCAGUUCAAGCAGCGGAACGCACGGCCACAUGAGCAGCACACGCAGCCGCAGCCAAAGCAGUAGAAGCAGCAGCAGCAGCAGUAGACACAACAGUAACAGCACGAGCACGAGCGAAACGCCGUUGACUUAUGUAGCGGUACAUGGCGAGCAUCAAAAGUGAAAUGCCGCCACUGCAUGCGGCAGAGGCUCUGGCCUCAAGCAGCGCCACAGACAGCGGCGGCGGCGGAGGAGGAGGAGGAGGAGGAGGAACAGCAGCUGUCAGCGGCGGCAGUGGUGGUGCUGGGACAGGAGCAGCCGGCGGCGGUGUUAACAGUGCCCCGGCCACCCCAAAUGCCACAAUAAGCGCCGCAGCCGAUUCCAGUGAUAACCAGCCAGGCACACCGCAGCCACCACAGCAGCAACAGCAGCAGCAUCAACCGCAACAGCAACAACAGCAGCAGCAGCCGCAACAGCAGCAGCAGCAGCAGAGCAUGGCCACGGAUCCACAGGUAACGGGCAUUACCCACCAGCCCUAUGCCACCCAUCACAUGUACUCCGCCAGCGGACAGCCCCAGCAGCAGCAGCAGCAGCAACAGCAGCAACAACAACAGCAGCAGCAGCAGCAGCAGCAGCAGCUGUACGGUGGCAUCUACGGCGGAGAAAUGCAACAGCAAAGCUACGCGAGCAGCUACAUCAACAGCUACGAGCAGUUCUACCAGCAGCAGCAGCAACAGCAGCAGCAGCAGCAGCAGCAGCAGAGCAGCGACUACAGCUUUGGGGGUAGCCUGGUGGGCGGCGGGGACUACAGCAAGCAUGCGGCACAGAGCUCAGGUGUCCGGUAUCAUCCGUACCUGCCGACGCCGACAUCGGCGCUACCCAGUGCCGCGGAGGAGGCAGUGAGUGCUCCCAGUGCCGUGAGCACCACCACAUCGGCGAUGAGUCCGCGCGUCGUCAGCAGCAGCAGUCCCACAUCGACCUCGUCGCACCUGCAGCUGGGCGGACCGCCCGGUUCCCCCAGCGGGCCCGGUGGCGUCGGUGGCUGCAAGUUACAGUGCAAAAAGUGCGGCAUCCUCACCACCAACGAGCAGGAGCUGCAGGAGCACAUUGCCAACGUGCACGGAGAGUCACCGUACGGGAGCAGCGGAUACGCCAGCUCGCCGUACAUCAAGGAGGAGAUGCCGACACCCCAGCCACCGGGCGGCUCCAAUCCCGGAGAGCUGCUCGAUCUCGACUCGCAGAAGAUGGUCUACCAUCAGCAGCUGCUGCAGCAACAGCAGCAGCAGCAGCAACACCACCACCAGCACGAGGCUGUCGUCGCCGGCCUGCCUCUGUCGCUGCCCGAUCCCCUCCACUCCAUGCAGUCCAUGCAGCAGCGCGCCCUACACAGCUGGGAACAGCCGCAGACGGGUCUCGGAGUCGGAGUGGGAGUUGAGGGCCUGCCUCCGUACAUGCAACAGCAGCCGGGCUUGGGCCUUGGCGUUGGUGUUGGUGUUGGCCUCGGCCUGGACAAGUCGCCGUAUUACUCGCCAAAGCAGUCGCCCUACCACCAGGCGGGCGGAGGAGUCGGCGUCGGCGUCGGCGUCGGCGUCGGAGCUACACUCAUCAAGCAGGAGUAUGGCGUGCACGGGCUGAUCAAGUCCGAGUAUCCAGACUCGCAGCACUACGUGGACAAGUCGUUCGAUCCGACGGCUGGCAGUGGCGGGGGAGUCGAUCUGUGCGCCAAUGUGGCCACCAGUCCGGCGGAGUUUCCCAGCACCACGACGGGCGGACCGGGCCAGGAUGGUGCGCCGCCAGCGGUGGCCGUUGGACAGCAGGCCGCCUACCGCGGCUUCGAGCCGCCCAGCUCCAGUUCGGUGCUGCCGGCCAACAGCCUCACGGCCAAGGCGGCCACCUGGAAGUCGAAUGAGGCGCGCAGACCCAAGACCUACAACUGCACGGCCUGCAACAAGUGGUUCACCAGCUCCGGACACCUGAAGCGCCACUACAACACGACGCUGCACAAGAACGCGGUGAAGUCGAGCGGCCAGCCGGAUCCGGCCACGCUGCCCAUUUCGGCGCAUCAUCAUCCGUCGCGGGAUCCCGUAACGAAGCCCAGUCGGCGCGGCAAUGCCGCCGCUGCAGCUGCGGCCGCUGCAGCAGCUGCCGCGGCAGCAUCGGCGGUGCCCCAAGUGCAGCCACCGCCGCCGGCCAAUGUGCAACCACCGGAACCGCCUAGAAGUCCGCCCGACUAUGGCGGCGGGGGCGGGGUGGGAGCGGUGGGCGGCGCUGCCAUGUCCCAGUACUCGGCCUCGCCAUCGCCCACCACACAGCAGCAGCAACAGCAGCAGCAGCAGCAGCACCAUCAACACCAGCUCCAGCAGCAGCAGCAGCAGCAGGCCAACGGGAAUGGGUAUCCGGGCAACGGCGGCGCCAAUGGCUACGGCUACGGCAUGCAGCAACAAGUGCAAUCCACGACAAACGCUUCACCACAGCACGCUUCCAGCCAUCAGCAGCAGCAGCAGCAGCAGCACCAUCUCCAGCAGCAGCAGCAGCAGCAGCAGCAGCAUAGCAGCAGCAACAACAACAACAACUCCGUUUUGAACGGUCACCCAAACGGGCUAGCAGGUCCCUCCGCCCCUCUCAACACCAACAACAACAACAUCACACAAAUGCCGUCCUCCCAAAUGAGGGGCCUGCUGAACGAAACAACAACAACCACCAUCCCCAAAACCACACCAACAACAACAACAACAACAGCCACAAUGCCAAUGGAAACGGAAGCAAUGGCAGCUAUAAAGAUCGAGCAACUGGAGGACAGCAACCACACCCACAACAGCCAGAACAGCCGCAGCAGCAGCAGCAGCAACAGCAGCUUAAUGGCCAUGGAGGAGGAGCAGGAGCAGGAGCGGGAGCGGGCAGUAGAUCACCUACAGCAGCAGCAGCAGCAGCAGCAGCAGUUGGAGCAAUUGGAGCAGCAGGAACAACAGCAGCAGGUCAGCUAUCUGCUGGCAUCCCGUCCCUACAGCUCCAACAGCAACAGCAGCAACACGCCCAACACGGCAGUCAGCAGCAGCAGCAGCAACAGCAACAGCAGCAGACUCUCGCCCCUUACUAUCUACCAACUUCAGCAGCAGCCGCCGCUGCGGCAGGAGCAGCAGCAGCAGCAGGCAAUGGAUUUCUCGCGCACCACCCCGCCGCAGCAGCCGCUGCCGCCUAUGGGAAUGGGCCAGCCGCAGCAGUCGCUGCUGCCGCCUAUGGGAAUGGACUACAACAUGCUGGCUUUGGAUAUGCCCAUGCCCAUGCACAUGCCCAUGCCCAGCAGUAUGCUGCAGUGCAGCAGCACCAGCACCACGCCGCUAGCUACUAUCACCACCACCAGUAUGGACACUAUGCAGCAGCAGCCGCAGCAGCUGGUGCACCACUACCAGGCGCUGCUCCACCCCCACCACCAGCAGCAGCAGCAGCAUCAGCAGCAGCAGCAGGAGGAGGAACAACAACAGCAGCAGCAGCAGCAGCAGCGGGAGGAGGAGGAGCAUCAUCGCCAGCACCUACAGCAGCAGCAGCAGCAGCAGGAUCCGGGGGCACUAAUCCUGCCUCAGGACAAUAUGCCACACAGCAGCAGUUCGCCGGGCACCAGCAGCUCUCCGCCGCCGCAGCUGCAGCAGCAGCAGCAGCACACGGACACCCACACCCACACCCACACCACCCUCACCAUGCCCAUGCCCAUGCCGCCCACCAUGCACAUGCCCAUCACCACCACAGCGCAGCAGCUGCUGCCGCUGCAGCUGCAGCCGCCGCCGCCGCACAUCACCAGCACCAUGCCCAUGCCGCCCACCAUGCACAUGCCCAUCAUGCCGCCGCCGCCGCCAUGCUACCAGCAGCUGCAGCCGCUGGAUCCCACAACGAGCUAUCACACUAUUAUUGGUAGUUCCGCCGCAGCCGCAGCUGCAGCCGCUGCCGAGUCUGGUUACCCCACAAACGGGCAUCACCAUGCGCACAGUCACAGUCACGGCCACAGUCACAGCCAUCCCCACCAGAUCACGACCAGUGACGGUCAGAUUCUGCAGCUGAUGCCCGCCUCCCUGUUCGCACCCUAUGCCCCGCUCUCACCGUACUCGACAGUGGCGGCCCAGCGGUCGCCACAGGAGGGAGACCUGCCGCCGGUGCACACCCUAACGACGGCCCUGCACGCCCACGCACAGGCACAGCAGGAGCAAGCGCACACGCCCACGCUGACGGUGCUCAGCACCCCCUACUCGCCCACGGUGAGCAGCUCGCGGGCCACGCCUGCCCUGGAGCUGGACAUGGCCAGCCUCCUGCAGCAGCAGCAACAGCAGCAGGAAUACGAACUAGAGCAGUACCAGCAACAGAUGCAGCUGCAUCAGAUCGAUCAGCUCCAGCAGCAUCAUCACCACCAACAGCAGAUGGAGCAGCAGCAGCAGCAGCAGCAGCAGCAGCAGGCACUGGAACAGCAGCAGAUCCAACUGGUGCAGAUGGAACAGCAGCAGCAGCAGCAGCAGCAGCAGCAGCAACAGCCGACGCAAACGGUGACACAGUCGGUGGCCAAGAAGCGAAGAGGAACGGCGGCGGCCGCCAGCGCCACACCAUCGACAACGAAGCGGCGACGCAACAGCAGCGUGGGAUCAACAUCGCCGCACUCGACAACGCUGCCAUCCGGGCGGAUCAAGUGUCUGGAGUGCGACAAGGAGUUCACCAAGAACUGCUACCUCACGCAGCACAACAAGAGCUUCCACUCCGGUGAGUACCCGUUCCGCUGCCAGAAGUGCGGCAAACGCUUCCAGAGCGAGGACGUUUACACGACACACCUGGGCCGGCAUCGCACCCAGGACAAGCCGCACAAGUGCGAGCUCUGUCCGAAGCAGUUCCAUCACAAGACCGAUUUGCGGCGCCACGUGGAGGCCAUUCACACGGGCCUCAAGCAGCACAUGUGCGACAUAUGCGAGAAGGGCUUCUGUCGCAAGGAUCACCUGCGCAAGCAUCUCGAGACCCACAAUCGACCCCGGGUUGUGGGCAAGAAAUCUGCUGCCGCCGCAGCAGCAGCCGCCGCUGUUGUGGCAGCCGCUGCAGCAGCAGCAGCGGCAGCGGCAUCAGCAUCCUCACAGUCACAGUUAGUGACUACCGUUGCCUCCACCCUACCCGCCUCUGCCACGCCCACGCCCACGCCACCUCCCACGGCCAUCAAUCCCAUUAAGGCGGCCUUUGCCCGAUCUCUGACGGUGACGGCCGGGGCAGCAUUGUCGCCCAGAAGCACUCCCAAUCACUCCAAUCCUCAUCUGAAUCACAGUCUCAGUCUCAAUCUGAAGCGAUCCAUCGACGAUGUGGCCGCCGACGAUGACAGCCUGCUGGAGGACGAUGAGGAUGAGGAGGAGGAGGAGGAGCUGCUGCUGGACGAGGCUGAGGAGGAUCGGAUGGUAGAGCAAAUGGAGGCUCAGCAAAUCCUGCUGGUCUCAGCCGCCACAGGGGAAGGCCAUCACAUGCUGAUCAAGGACGAGUUUCCCGACGAGGACUUUGUGCUGAUUGAGAAAGAUAUUGAAUUGUAUUGAAAGGUCAGGGAUCAAAGAUUAGGAAUCAGCCAUCAUGCCAUCAGGGACUAGGAUCCGAUCGGAUUUGUGGGCUGAUUAAGUUGUGAAAUGCUCUGAGCUUUGUGGCGACAGUUUGAGCCGCACUGCAGUUGAGGGCUAGCCUAGCGAUUGACGUGAACACUGCUUCCCAGUGGAGGGAGUGAUUACCGUUCAAAGCAGUCGCCAUACAGCUGCACUGCCGUCCAAGCAAGCAGUCCAGUCCAGUCCAGUCCAGUUCCCGCUAUGCGGGACCUACAGUUUUAGUGCCACUGCACAAUUUCACAUUUUAACAUGAUUUUGUGCUUAAAAUGUCAUUUAAUUCGCGCACUGAUUUUGGUUUUGGUUUUGACAAAUUAAGAAAACACAUUUUAUUGCCUGGCAGGCAAUAAUUUGAUGUUUUUUAAAAUGUAUUUAUGUUUUUUUUUUUAUUUUGAUUUUGAUCACUAAAGCCGCAGCAUUUCAAUGACUUGGCUGCCACUCCUUUGGCCAUUCCAACCCCCCAUUAAACAACACUCCAGAACUCCACAAUUCAUUCCUGUAAUUAGAGAUUGCCAUAUAUAUAGCGAAAACAAAAAGAAGAGAGUGUCUGUCUCUCCAUCUUCAGGGAGAAACGAAACGAACGAAAUGCAGAGAAAAGCAAGAGAAUUCCUAAUUGUUGUAGCAGCAAAUUAUUUAAUUUUACUCGUAUGUUAAAUGUUGUAUUAUUAUUUGUACUCUACGCCCUACGGCCUACUUUUUAAUUUGUAGUUUUAAACAACUUUUAAUUUGUAUGUGAAAUGAUAAAGAAAGAUCGAAAACAAAUAACCUCCAAGUAUACCUCAGCAACACAGCAGCAAACACCGAAACGAAACGCUUACACCAACAUGGCGCCCCGCGUAUAUGUGUAUAUACAUAAUCCCAAACCAUAUACAUACCUUUAUUAUAUACCUAAUUAUAUAUAUAAAGAAAGAUAACUUGGUAUGUUCCAAGUGUACUUAAUUCUAGAGCAUAUUGUACGGAUUUUUUUUUUGUCAAAUUUAAUUUUGUAAUGAUUGUUUUGAUUAUACGAUUUGUCUUUUGAUUUAUUUUGUAAUCGAGAGAGCGAAGAGAGAGGAGAGGAGGAGAGGAGUAGAAAGAGAACCACAAAUGCCAUAUACACGAUAUGUACACUAAAAAGCAGCAACUAAAUGCCAAUUGAUAUAUAUAUAUACUAUAUCUAGAUACUAGGUACACAUAUACAUACAUAUCCAUGUGUAUUUGUUAGCCUUAAGAACGCCAAAUGCGAUAAAUCAGGGAUAAUAUACAUACCAUAUAGGCACACCCACACACACACAGCUAUAUAUAUGCAUAAACAUAUAUACAGAGAGACAACACGAAAAGAAAACUUAUACAUAUAAACCCAUAUAUUUAUUACGUUUAGUUGCCCCUAAUUUAUGUUUUCACGAAUAAAACCAUUUGUAAUUA